AUGGAUAGCGACAGAGAUGUGGAUCACAUAAAAGAGUGGUCGAUGGCACAAAAGGACUGUAUUACACAAUUUCGGAAAGAAAGGGAUCAAUGCAAAGCACAUUUUGAGGAAUUACAAAAACAUAGGCGUGAACAACAGUUGCGAAUAGAACUCGAGGAACAGAAGCGGUUGAGCAUUGAAAAAGCGAAAUUACGAGAAAAAUACCAAAUGGAAACAGAAGCGUCAAUCAUGAAACAACAUCAGGCAGAGGAAGAAUGGAUACGGAGAAAGCUAUACCUGCAGAAGUUAAAUGAGAACACUGGUGAAGGAAAUGAUGCUUUUAAAAAAUCAACAUCGACGGUGAAGCUGCAAAGAUAUACCAUCACGCCUUUUUCUAGAGAUUACAAAGAUUGGCUCCGUUUUUGGAAUCCGUUGAUGAGUUGA